UAGCAAAAUGGCGUGAGGGGUGUGUUGAUGAAAAGUUCGAAUGCUUCUCAUUAAUGUCUUGUGAUUGUGACAGUGAUACAAGGAGAAGGAAACGGACAUACGCACCACAUUUGUAAGAUGUCCCACUAUCUACCGGAACUUGAGCAGGAGUCAUUUAGCCCCGAAGACUUCGUUGAACGACUGGCAUGGCGGAGCCUUGGGGGCAAUAUGAACCCUGAGAACUUCAACCCAGCAGUCCUCCAGGAAGCUUUCAAGCAAGGAAUACGAGACUUACAACUGCUCUUCGAAACGACACAGAAGAAAUGUGAGCGCCUUGAAAUGAUUUGCCGGGAGGAGGAAGCAAGGCAUCACCAGAAAGUUGGCGAAUUACAAGAGAAGAACAAGGCAUCAUAUGCAACAUAUAAGGAGCUGGAUGCUCAGAUUGGCUAUGUGGCGAUGAAAGUUGUGCAUUUGGGAGAUCUUCUGGAAAGCGUGAACACACCCCGGUCACGAGCUGCAGAGGCUCAGAAACUUAUGAAGCAUUUUGCAGAAUUUCUCGACUCGGACAAAACAGCUUCCGAUGGAUUAUUACAAGAUCCUGCAAAGUUGCACGAAGCAGCCGACGUAAUACAGAAACUCCACCUGAUUGCUCAAGAGUUGCCUGCUGGGAAGUUUGAGAAGGCACGGCAGAGAAUUGCCCAAAGGUACACUGGAAUAGAAAUGGCGUUAAUCGCAGAAUUUUUACGAGCACACCACGAAGGUGACAAGGCUACCAUGAAAGAAGUGGCUGCAGUGUUGUCCCAUUUCAAGGGUUAUUCCAAGUGUAUUGACACAUUUAUUGACCAAAGCCAAAUGGGUGCCUUCCUCCGGAAAGACAUGUUCUCAGACAUUGUCCCAUUAUGCGAACGCAGUGAUCAGCUCAUAGCGCAGGUUUUUACUUCACCAGAGCAGGUCAUGGGGAAAUUUGUAUCAAACAUCUAUAACGGCAAAUUACAGGAGUACAUCCAAUCCACUUUGAGCGACCGCCACAAUGAUCCGGAGAAGUACCUCAAGUCUCUGUAUGAAUUGUAUUCCAAGACGCUGCAGCUGUCAAAUGAUUUAGCCAAGUUCAAGAUGGGAAACGAUCCUGCCUUUCUGAAGAAAUUGACUCGACAGAUAUUCUCCAAGCACCUUGACCCAUACCUUUCCAUCGAGAUGCACUACCUAAAGGACAAGUUCACUGCUGUAUUGAACCGCUAUUAUGACUCAAAGAAUCAUCAUAAGCGACAGUUCCAGUUUGGAGGCAUUCAUGACCUGCGUCGUGACUUACAAGCCAAAUUGGGGGCUCGUUCCAACAUCAACAUUGCGCCCACCGUAGAGAAUUUUGGUGGAGAAACCUUCCUCUCGGAAGAAGUUGCGAUAAAUUUGCUGCAAGAAAGCAAACUUGCCUUUCAAAGGUGCCAGUUGCUAUCAAAGCCUAAUGAACUUCCCAAGAAUGCAUCACAAAUCUUUGAAAUUCUUCUGAACAGCCUCUGUAUUGAACACAUUCACUAUGCACUGGAAGUUGGUUUGAGGGCCAUUCCCGUGUCCGAACCAAAGAGUGAGCCAGAAAUCUACUUCUUUGACACCGUACGUCAGUGCAACUCCAUUUACCAGCUGCUGGAAAAGCAGUUCAGCAACAGUGUUGCCCCUCUUCUACAUUCAACACCAGAACACAGCACUUGCCUUCAAAAAAAGCGAGACUUGACUGAACAGAUGGAAAUUAAAAUGGACACUGGACUUGACAGGUCCAUAGCGGCCAUUAUUGGUUGGGUGCGUGGGCUGCUGCUAACAGAGCAGAAAAAAACUGAUUUCAAGCCUGAAGUUGAAGAUGUCAUUGAAACCACUAAAGUGGCACUUAAGGUUGUAAAGUACAUGUCUAAAUGCAUCGAGAAGAUUAGAGACUCCCUGGAUGGAACCAACGUGGAAGCUGUUCUUAUGGAGCUCGGAAUCAGGUUCCACAGAACAAUUUACGAGCAUAUUCAGACCUUUCAGUACAGUACCGUAGGUGGCAUGAUACUGAUUUGUGACCAUAACGAAUACCGCAGAUGUGCGAAGCAGUUUAAGAUCCCAGUUCUGGACAAGAUGUUUGAUGUUUUACAUGCCCUGUGCAACCUCCUGGUAGUCGCGCCGGAAAACCUAAAAGAUGUUUGCCGGGACGACCAGCUGGCGAGCCUUGAAAGGGGAGUUCUUGUUAAUUUUGUACAGCUCCGAAGUGAUUGCAAGGUUCACAAACUUGUCAAUCAGUUUAAGUAGACACAAACAUAUUUUUACUCCGAUUAUUUAAUAAACGCUUAACUUAUUGUUUUUA